GCCGCUCUCCCGGGGGCGCCCCGCUUCCGGUCAGCUGAGGGUGCCCUUCCGGCGGGGCCUGCGGAGCGGCGCCGCCAUGCGCAUCGAGAAGUGCUACUUCUGCUCGGGGCCCAUCUACCCGGGCCACGGCGUCAUGUUUGUGCGCAACGACUGCAAGGUAUUUAGAUUCUGCAAAUCAAAAUGCCACAGAAACUUUAAGAAGAAGCGAAAUCCCAGAAAGAUGAGAUGGACUAAAGCAUUCCGGAAAGCAGCUGGCAAAGAAUUGACAGUGGAUAAUUCAUUUGAGUUUGAAAAACGUAGAAAUGAACCAGUGAAAUACCAGAGAGAGUUGUGGAACAAGACUGUUGAUGCAAUGAAGAGAGUGGAGGAAAUAAAGCAAAAACGCCAGGCAAGAUUUAUUAUGAACAGAUUAAAGAAGAGCAAAGAGUUGCAGAAGGCAGAAGACAUCAAGGAAGUCAAACAGAAUAUUCACCUUCUUCGGGCUCCCCACGCAGGCACACCAAAACAGCUGGAGGACAGAAUGGUGCAGGAGCUGCAGGAGGAUGUGGCUAUGGAAGAAGACUCUUAAAAUGCUUAUAUUUUCUACUUCUAUCUCUUCAGCAGUUAAGAGUUCCCUACUGCCUCACCUGAAAUCCUUCAGAACUGUGCUUAAAGCUGAAGAAAAAUACAUUUUAAGGAAUAGUAGUCAGAGUUUGAAUUACUUUUUGUUUUAUAAAAAAGAUAAGGUGGAUACUGCUUUUGGCAGUGCUCACCGUUAUGUAAUUUGAGAAAACCUUGUCAGAGAAUAUGGCAUAUUGUUUGGGAUGCUGUGGGCUUCUUGGAAAGUUACAUGCUCUUUCUGGAUAACUUUUCCCUGAUAUUCAAGGAAUAAAAUAUGCUGGCCCUGA